GAACACAAGUCUUUUUGUGUGCCCAAAAAAGCCUUCUGUCACCGUAAAUAUUUUUUAUCCUAGCACUUUGACACGCUGCCAAGGAAAAAGGGGCAAACAUUUGAAACUUCCGGCGUAACACCUCGGGUCAUCCCCUGAUUUUACGCAUUUCGUGGUAAAUAAGACGGCUAUUGAGAUUUUUUCCAGACGUCCGGCUCGAGCGAGAGUAACAACACGUUUUGAGCAAUGGAUUGCACGAAACGUCAGGGUUUGAUGCUCAUUUUGGUCCUUAGUUUUUCGUUAUGUUCUUUAGCCGACGGAGCUUGCGUUCAGGAAGAAAGCGGAGGUCCCGUUCAUUGCUGUGAUCAAAGAGAUCAUGGCGGUCCUCUUCACUGCUGCGGCGGUAGAAACAGCAGUUGUGGCAUGGAGGACUAUGUUCAUAACACUAUUUGCUACUGCGACGAAUUCUGUGAAUCGGCCAGGGACUGUUGUCCUGAUUUUGAAAGUGUAAAGAGACCAUGUGGCUGGGGAAAUGUGAAACGAGAUUGCGUAGUUUCUACAUGGUCUGAUUGGGGUCCCUGUAAUCCGCGGUGCGGCUUAGGCGUCAGACAAAGGACCCGGACUGUGGCAUUCCGACCAAUUAACGGUGGAAAAGAAUGUCCCCCGCUCAUAGAAAAUAGUGGAUGUUUUAGACAACUUUGUGGAGGCAGAGAAUUAGGUUUUGCAAGAAUUUUACCGCAUAAGUUCAAGAAAGAUCGCGCUCCUUCAGUGUGGGACAAAAUCCUACCAGCGCCCAAGGAAGAAGUGAAGACGACGAAGGCACCAAAGAGGCCAAGCUAUUGUAUAAAUUACAAGGUUUACUACAAGCAUCCGCACUGUAAAAACACGUGGGCAGACAAGCUUGAUCCACUAAAGCCGAUCUGUGUUGAGUGUCAACACGACGCCAUGAACAAGCACGGAAAGUGUAAGGGCCAAGGCCUUUUUGGGGAUGUGACUUUGUGGGAAGCAGUCGACCUCAAAAGCUGUUACGGUGGCUGGCUAAAGAUUGGGCCAAAGAUUCCCAACUGUACAUGCGAAAAUGAACAAUUCAACAAUUUUAUAUUUAUAUAAUAGCAUUGGCAGUGUUUAGCUCAUAUAACCAACAGCUAGCUUAAUAAGGUCAACCAAGAUGACAUCAUCCCGAGCUCACAGUUGGGAUAGCGCUGAUACAUAGAACAUUCGAUUUUUGUUUCAGUCUGCUACGACAGUUUCUUUUGAUGCCAGUACAAGGCCCAUCAUUGAAUAAAACGGCAUUCAUUGUAAUCUUGUUUCCGGAGUCGCGAUCCUUUCAGUCAGGGCCAUGUCUGGCAAAAAUUGGUCAACCAAUCAGAAGUUAGAGAAAAUUGUUUCCCAGUGGGCUUUUCAGGGCUGAUCUGUGCCGCUGAUUUGAAAGGAUCGCGGCUCUGAAAGCGAGACUGCAUUCACCGCGCUAAUUUUUUACACGAAGUCGAUUUGCUCUUUAAUUAAUGGACAUUCCCUGGACAUUUUCUAAAUCUUUUUCUCUUAGAUGGGUUAUUCUUGUAACGGACGUUAAGGGAAAAAUCGAGAAUUGUGCAAAAUCGUCAACUUAUUCCAUUUUCAGUUGUCUUCAGAUCUUGGCCAGUUUUCCAAGUUAUGAAAUUCAUGAAUUUAGCGGCCAGAUUGAUAGUAUAUUUUAGUUAAAGUAUUUUUUUUAAUAUACUCUUUAACAUAAAGAAGCGCUGGCAGCAUCUUAGCGUUGAAUCUUAUAUAGCUAAGCAUCAAUUACCCCCGUAAACUGCUAGACACAGUUCCCCCUAAAACCUUUUUAUUUUCCCGAUUCAUAAUAACAGGAUCAAAGGAUUUUUAAUGAGCGUCGAAAGUAAUCUGGUUUACUUAACUUUUCACGGUGAUAAGUCCAGAAAACUCGCGGUUCUGAUUACUUUGGCGCUCAAAACUAAAUUAACGCAACGGUGAUUCGUUGACGCGCGUUUUCCCGCGCAUCCAGUUGUUUUGAGUUCUCAUUGGCUCCUUGUGAUAAUUUCCUUCCUUCUGAUUGGCUGAACUUUGAUUUUUGUUUACUCAAACCCUCAGUUAAACUCUAACAUCAGUGUACAUAUUGUCUAUACUCUGCUCUAUACAAUUCCUAUGGUAGUUACAAACAAUGAUGAGCUAGAGCUUCUUGGUUGGCGAACAAUUCCUUUAUUCUCAUGACUUUAAAGUUUAAUUUGGGGGUUACUAUAAGAAGGAAUAAGAUUUAAGCCGAGAGACUAUAGUGGUUUAUAGUUAAGAGGUGGCAAGUGGUUUACAGGCUUAAAAUGAGUUAGUCUAACUGGGUUUAACUGUAGUUUGAGUGACGCAUGCAGAUUGCUCAAUUAAUUUUAUUGUGAGUCAUUUCGCUGUUACUUUGAGUAAAGAUACAAUUUCAAUAAAGAGAAUUGAA